AUGACGGUACCAAAGCUCAGACAUUACAACUUCGGCGUGGAGAUCGAGGCUGUGGUAAAGCCUUACGGCGGUGCCGAUAGCUUUACCAACGUCGACUGGUAUCGACAAUUAGCACAGAAGCUACGGAACCGCAACAUCGAAGCUGUGCACGAUGACUGUUCAAAAUACAGCAAGCAUCCGGAGUACUACGGUGGUAAAUGGUUUGUCACUAGAGACGGAUCUCUGAAGAGAGAGCGUCCCAUGGUCUGCAUGGAAGUAGUUUCCCCUCGUCUGGAUACCAAGCAACAUGUCAGCGGCAUACUUGGCGACUUUUGGGAAGCGAUGCGUGUACACUUCAGUCCCCAACGCGAUAUCUCCUGCGGCGGCCACGUCCAUGUCACUCCCGUCUCUGGUCAGAACAAGUUCUCCCUACGUGGCCUCAAGAAGAUUGCGUUUGCAUCUGCUGUUUAUGAAGAAUUUGUGGCAGCUGUUCUCCCUAAAGCCCGUCGAGAAAAUCAGUACUGCCGCCCAAACAGUCAAAGCAUGGGUUCUGGGUUGCGCGAAACGCUGAUACGAUUCGGUAAGAGCAAGGCCUCACUCAUCCAAGUCGCAUCAGAAAUCAAGUCAACGACAUCCGAGAUGGAUUUGUGCUACUAUAUGCAGGGAAACCGAUAUGUGCUAUGGAACUUCCAGAAUAUUUUUCCAAACCCCAAGACAGGGAAAUGUACUGGCACGGUUGAAUUCCGAGGGGGCAACCAAUUUUUAAGUACCAAGGGGACUCUUGCCUGGGUAGCGUUCGUAAUGGGAUUCAUCACACUCGCCUUGGAGGAGGUAGGUCGCUUCAAUGACGUGCUAUGCUCAAACGCUGUGUUGACAUCUCUUUCAGGAUCUUCUCAACAAGCUGACUACUUAUACUUCGCCCGACGACCCAAAAUUUCAGACACGUCUCGAAGACUGGUGGAAACGGAUACGACAAGCGGCUAA